AUGGCUGUCGUACAUGCCAGCCCAACAGACUCCUGGCAUGGAGUCAUCAAACCCGAGAGCCAAUUCCCACCCGAAGCGGGCCGCUACCAUCUCUACGUCGGCCUCUUCUGUCCAUUUGCGCAUCGCGUGCUCCUUGUACGAUAUCUCAAAGGGCUGGAAUCUCUCAUCGAUGUCUCAGUUGUGAUGCCAUAUCCCAAAGGCAAUGGUGGCCGGGCAGGCUGGCGAUUCCCUACCUCAAAUGACGAAUACGCGGGAGCGACUGUGGACAAGUUAUUCGGAUCCAAGGAUCUUCAUGAGCUCUACUUUAAAGCCGAUUCGGGCUACGAAGGAACCAAAUACAGCGUUCCUGUGCUGUGGGACACCAAAGAGGGAACCAUUGUGAACAACGAAAGCGCCGAGUUACUGCGUUGGCUGCCAACCGCCUUUGAAGACGUACUGCCCAAAGAGGGACAAAAAUACGAACUAGAUCUCUACCCAGCGCAAUUGAGAAGCCAGAUCGAUGAAAUUUCCGAAUGGAUGCAGAGAGAUCUCAAUUCUGGAGUUUACAAAGCCGGAUUUGCAGAGACACAAGAGGCCUAUGACAAGAAUGUGCCUGUCGUUUUUGCCGCGCUGAACCAUCUAGAAAGUCUCAUUCAUCGCAACGGUGGCCCGUACAUUCUGGGCAGUCAUCUCACAGAACUUGAUAUCCGUGCGUACACGACCAUUAUACGAUUUGACGCUGUCUACGUUCAGCACUUCAAAUGCAACCUGGGAACAAUUCGCGCAAAUUAUCCAGUCAUCCACGAGUGGCUCAAGAAUCUGUAUUGGAAUGUAAAGGGGUUCAAAGAGACGACUGAUUUCAAGCACAUCAAGGAAAACUAUACCAAGAGUCACACGAAAAUCAACCCACUAGCAAUAACUCCUUUGGGCCCGUAUCCUGAGGUGGAGGAAGGCAUUAACUUGAACUUUGCCGAGCUGAAGCCAGGUUCUGUGAGGCAUCCUGUUGUUCUCGAGAGGCAGGCCGAAUUGUAUAAAUAG